AUGAUAUUCCACCUGAUGCUGUACUCUCUUCUAGCGAGCGGCUGGGCCACUACGCCCUAUCCCCCCAGUCUGGAGUGCGGUCCCAAUGCCGGCAAGUCAAACUGCUCCUCCAGGUGCGAGCAGACCUGCCAGUACAAGUCCCGCAGCUGUCCACCAAAGAUCUGCGGUGGUCCAUGCGUCUGCCUCGAGGGCCAUGUGAUCGAUGAGCAACGAUCAAGUUGUGUCCUUCGUAAAGAUUGCCGGCAGAAGCAGCUGGAGGUGCCCACGUACCAAGUGACCAGUCUGAAGUACUUCGGGGCCAACUAUGGCAACGACAUUAUCCCUGAAGGGAACGCAACAGCAAGUUGA